UCGAAAAGAAUUUAUCUUCUGUAAUAUACUGGCAAGAGAUUCUCGAAUCCCACAAGCAAGAAGAAGAUACUAAGAUAAGGGAAUUCACCAAAUUAAUUCGAGAAAUAUUCAACUCCAUGGACGAUGGAGAUAUAAAUGUUUCUGCUUAUGACACUGCCUGGGUUGCUCUUGUGGAGGAUAUAAAUAAAACUGGAAUUCCUCAGUUUCCUUCAAGCCUCCAAUGGAUUGCGGACAAUCAGCUCCCUGACGGUUCCUGGGGAGACAAAAAUGUGUUUUUAGCUUAUGAGCGAAUACUCUGUACGCUGGCAUGUGUUGUUGCACUAAGAACAUGGAAUAUUCAUCCGCAAAACAUGGAGAGAGGAUUGUUGUUUAUCAGAGAAAACAUAAAUAAGCUUGAAGAUGAUGAGAUGGAGCAUAUGACCAUAGGGUUUGAAGUAGCAUUUCCUUCCCUUGUCGAAAUUGCAGAGACUUUGAACAUUAAAGUAAUUUCCAAGGAUUUGCCGAUAAUUCAAGCAAUUUAUGCACAGAGAGAUCUGAAACUCUCAAAGAUACCCAAGGACAUAGUGCAUAAAAUGCCCACGACAAUGCUUUUCAGCUUGGAAGGAAUGGCAGGAAUGGAGUGGGAAAAGUUACUGAAAUUACAAUGUGAAGAUGGAUCAUUUUUAUCUUCACCUUCCUCUACAGCCUAUGCACUCAUGCAGACUAAAGAUAAAAAUUGUUUCAGUUAUCUUAGCAAAGUAAUUCAGAGAUUCGACGGGGGAGUUCCAAAUGCUUACCCCGUGGACAUGUUUGAGCACUGUUGGGCUGUCGACCGACUAGAGCGCCUGGGUGUCUCUCGAUACUUCAAGUAUGAGAUUAAAGACUGUAUGGACUAUGUUUACAGAUACUGGACAAGCAAAGGAAUCUGCUGGGGCAGAAAUAUAAACAUAGCUGAUAUUGACGACACUUCUAUGGCCUUUCGGCUUCUAAGAUUGCAUGGUUACAAUGUUUCUCAAGAUGUAUUUAGGAAUUUCGAGAGCAAAGGGGAGUUUUUUGCCUGGGCGGGACAGUCUAACCAGGCGGUCACCGGAAUGCUUGAUCUGUUAAAAGCUUCUCAGGUUAUGCUCCCGGGAGAAAAUGUACUUGAGGAUGCCAAAACAUUUUCAUAUGAAUUUUUAAGACGAAAACAAGCCAACAAUCAGCUCCUAGAUAAAUGGAUUAUAAUGAAGGAUUUACCAGGCGAGGUUGAAUAUGCGCUAGAUAUACCAUGGUAUGCCAGUUUACCUCGGUUAGAAACAUGUUUUUACUUGGAUCAAUACGGCGGUGAAGAUGAUGUUUGGAUCGGAAAGACUUUGUAUAGGAUGCCCCGUGUUAACAAUAACAUCUAUCUGGAGCUUGCAAAAUUGGAUUAUGCCAAAUGCCAAACAAUUCAUCAGCUAGAGUGGAGCCAUAUGAAAGAGUGGUGUGCCCGUAGCAACCUAGAUAAGCUGGGAUUGAGCGAGAAUAGCCUUCUGCUGUCGUAUUAUUUGGCAGCAUCCAGUUUAUUUGAGCCGGAAGUGUCAAACCUGAGAUAUGCCUGGGCUAAAACAGACGCUCUGGUUGAGACAAUUAGAUCGUACUUUGGUAACCUUGAGAGGUCGGUUGAGCAAAGGAAAGCCUUUGCCCAAGAAUUCGAGAACACUUCUGAAAAUUCCUACUUUGCCAAUCAUGGAAGGUAUUCGAUAGAGAAAAAGCUCCUUGGGACACUAGUAGCAACUUUAAAGCAGCUUAUCCUGGAUGCAAAGAGCGCACAUGGAAUUGAUAUCUAUCCCCAGCUCCAUCAGGCAUGGACAAUGUGGUUGCUAAAAUGGCAAGAAGAAGGCGAUGUGGACAAAGCCAAAGCACAACUCCUGGAACAGACGAUUAACAUAUGUGCAGGCCGCAUAUUAUCAAACGAGAUCUUGUCACAUCCGCACUACAAAACUCUUUCUACCAUCACCAAUCGGCUCUGCCAUCAGCUUAGUAUUUUCCGAAAGGUGCAGAAUGAAAAAAGCCGCGAUACGAGCAGAGGAGGCAUCACAACCAUGGAAAUAGAAUCCGACAUGCGAGAACUGGUGCGGUUAGUGUUCUGUAACUCAGAGGACAGUCUACAUCCGGAGUUGAAGCAUAUAUUUUUCAUGGUAGCGAGGACUUUCUACUACACUGCUUAUUGUGAUGUUGACACUGUCAAUGGUCACAUUAACAAAGUACUGCUUGGCAGUACCAGGAUGUAAUAGAGGAACAAACAUACUUAUUUAAAGCAAUGUGUAUUACUACCGACAAUGAUCUGUAUUACUAUUAAGUUAUUUAGCAGAAUUGUUUGCUAUCAAUUCUCUGCGUGUUUCGAUCAU